AAACAUGGCUGCCCCCACGGCUCUAAAGCGAGAAUUGUUACCUUUGGCAAGGAUAUUGGGUGGAAUCUCACAUUUGAAACCCAGAAGUUUGACGGUCUGUUCAGGUCACAGGAAAUGUAGUGUAACACGGUCCUGUCUUCCAUUGACACCCAGCACUUCCUUCCACACAGCGACAUUCUUAUCAUCGUCACCCUCAGCAAUCACAGUUACAGAGGAGCCGGACACGUUGUUCCAGAAGCUGCUUGUUUCGGUCAAAAGUCAUGACAGCGCCGUGUUGGACAGCUAUGAGUUCUUUGCCACUAUGGCGGCUAAAGAGCUGGGAAUCACCAUCGGGAAAGUUUUUGAGCCUCCCAAGGACAUAAAGAGAAUGACACUCCUGAAGUCAGUGCACAUCUUCAAAAAGCACAGGGUCCAGUAUGAGAUGAGAACACACUACCGGUGCAUUGAGCUGUCUCACAUAACGGGCAGCACAGCAAAGGUUUACCUCGAAUACAUUCAGAGGAACCUUCCUGAAGGCGUAGCCAUGGAGGUCAAAAAGACUGCCAUGGAGAAGGUUCCAGAUCACAUCCUCAAGCCCCUGUGGGAAGACGUCCCCGCUGAAGACAAGCCCGGCCAGUGAACCAAACCACGACCGAUGAUUAUUAAAUGUGUUUUGACUGUGAAUAUGUUGUGUAAAGGAGAAAAUAUGAAAUAAGCAGUACAAAGAAGUGAAUGUGGUGGAAAUGCUCGUGUAUAAUCCAAUAGAAACGCUUUCAUCAUAAAAAAUUGACACAACAGAAGGAGUUGUCUUUCAAUAAACAAUGAAAAGUCUGCAUUUAAAGAUCA